AUGGCACCCUCUUCUCUAAGAUCUCGGACGGGAUGCCUGACUUGUAAAAAUAGGCGAAAAAAGUGCGAUGAAGGGCGACCCCGAUGCGAACGAUGUGUGCGCGGUGGGUUUGAAUGCCUAGGCUACGAACAUCACGGAAAGAGAGCCCUGGCUGGAGCACCAGCACCUGACCAAACCCAGUCGUCAACUCCAGGAUCGUCAUCCGUCAGCCCUGGCCCAUCGAUACCUCCCCAGACGUCAAGUUCUAGUAUGGAUAUCGGUGACACGUUCCCUAGUCCGCUGGAUGUCGACCUAUCUACUCCCGGCGCAGGGCCAUCAACCAGCGCUGUCCCACCGCCUAUGAUCAAUAUACAAUCCGGCUUCUCUGGACUGGGUUCAAGUAACGGUGGCCUGCAAAGCCCUAGUGGCACCGGGCUCAGUGGUUUGCAGAGCUUCCUGGAUAGCUUGGGACCACCCCCAGCAAGCGAUGUUCCGUUGGAUGGCUUGAUGAACCCAUCGACUCUGGACGGUACCGAUAUGUUCAAUGGUUUCGGGAGUCUACUAGGGAUGGGGAUGCCUACUUUGCCCACCUUUGGCCAACAAACCGUACCUUACGCUCAUAUCGAAACCACCGACGCGGACCCUGGACUUGGUACUUCGACUGUAGCUAGUGACGCAGCGUUCAACGAGCUGGGGGCUGAGCUAAUUGCUUCACACCAAACGGUUGCCAGGCCACACGAAGGCCUCUUGCUGGCCGACGAUGAAGAGGAUGACAUAGAUCCCGAGGGUCUUCUCGCAGAGGUCGAGCGGUCUAUGAGAUCCAUGAAAUUGGGUAGUGGGGAGCACCUCACCGAGUUAUACGAUUUCUAUCUAAUGUUUUUCUCUCGACUGGUGUUCGAACCCAUCAGGAUAUAUCAAAAUUUGGCCUCAGUCCUACUCGAACGAUUCCAAACAUCCGAAGUCAUGAGACACUCCAUGCUUGCUAUCGCUUAUCUGUAUCGCUCCCUCUAUGAUAGAGCAGCCACACCCACCGUUUUACAGUCUCAUGCAGAAAAAUUACAUGAAGUGGCCAGAAACCAACUUCAAUCAGAUAUACAAAACCCCCGAAUGUCUCCCUCAACUAAGCUAUCUGGUAUCAUAGAGGUUCUUUUCUUUGAGUAUAGUUACGGUGGUUGUAAUUCCUACUAUAGGUUGCUAGAACAAGCCAAGCCGUAUGUCCAGAGCUUGGUAGGCGGGAACGUCAUCGAUUUCAUGUCUUUACGAGGGAAAGAGACAUUCGAUAUUCGCAUAUUUUCCUGGUGCGAUAUCUUGAGCGCGAUGGCACUUUCUCGACCUACUCUUUUCAUGUACGAGACCAAUAUCGAUCACAUGCUUACCGUGGACCCAGACAACCCGAUAAUCAUACCAUUGGACGACGAUGUUGGACUUGAAUGGAUGGUUGGGUGCCCUAACGUCAUGAUCGUGUUAAUGGCCAGGAUUAGCGCACUACGCGAUUCGGGGAUAUCUCAACAAGAGAAAAUUGCCCGCGCCGAAGAGAUAGAAAGAUUAAUUCGUGCAUGGCAAGCUCGGCCCAGCCCAACGACCAAUUCCUUCCUCAAGGUCGUCCGUAUGUCGGCGCAGGAGAUUUGGAGACACGCAAUGGUUCUCUUCUUGUACCAUGCCAUCCACAAAGUUGGUCCAUUGCACCGGGUCAUCAAAGAUGCGGUUCGACAAAUCAUCAGUUUGGCACAGACGAUUCCUGCUGGCCGAAACCCCGAUAUCUUUUUACCAGUCCCAUAUUUCUUAGCCGGAGCAGCGUGCAUCUCGCGAAAAGACCGGUCGUUCCUUCGAAGUCGUUUAGCAGGCUGUGGCAAAGAACGCGCCUUGCUAGAUUUGGUGACGGUCCUCGAUGACAUCUGGAAAGAAAUGGAUGAGACUGGAAAUUCGGUAGAUUGGUCUGCUCGCGCUGCUCCUGCUAUGUUUCAACUUUGA